AUGCAUAUGAGCUUAAUGAUUAAAGGGUUUUUUAUUAUUAUUUUCUUUUUGAUUGAAUCAUUUUAUUGCAAAUUGAAUACAGAUGUGUUAAGGGUAAAGCGACAAAGAACAUAUGAUGAUGAUAAACUACCCAAGUAUAUUGAGAGAUUUGUUAUUAGACUUCCUCAACAAAAGCAUACCCUUUUAAAUACUAGAAAAAAAUGUUUAGAUUCUUUUAAGGCAAACACAAGUUAUUUAGAUUCUAGUUGGACUCAAAAGAAGCCAUUUUUGAUCAUUCAAAAUUUAAUUGGACCUUAUAAUUUGCAUUUAGUGCACCUGGCGAAUUCUAUGCGUAUAUGUCGUGAUAACAUCAAGAAUGUUAAAGUAGCAUUAUCUGAACAUGUGAAUAAUAAAGGUUAUUCUAGAUCUUUACAGAAAGUAGAUUUAUAUCAAGAAGUUAGGGAUAAGGAUUCGAAGUACAACAAAGUAUUUGGAAGAAUUUGUAGAAAAUGUUUAUAUUCUUUUAUAAAGACCCGAACUUCGAAACUUGAUAAUUUUAAACACAAAUCAAAUCCAUUAUUGGAAGGAAGAAAUAGUUAUUUGGCUACAGGUAGUUUGUCUUUAUACAAAUAUAGGCAUGGGAAGCGUAUAAAUAAACGUUCUUAUAUAUUGGGUCAUCGUUCAAAAACAUGUAAUAGCGUUUUUGAAGGAUCUGGUAUUAAUGGCAAAGCUGUAAAAUGUUUUGAGAAUAUUUUGAAGAAAAUAAGAUGUGGAAAUUCAUUUAAUGCAAUUUGUAUUUGUGAUUCUGUUGAAUAUUUGAAACACUCUCAAGAAUGUCUACGCACUCUUUCUAGAGUAGAUGCUUUAAAAGCUCGGGAACAUCAUCAAAAGCUUUGUGAAAAUCCUGAGCCUCCUCCUAAAGAGUGUGUUAAUAAACCUAAACAAGACGCAAAAAUUAUUUCUUGUCCAAAACCUUAUGAGAAUUUUAGGUUUAAUCCAACUACACGAAAUUGUGCAAGAGACGCAAUACGUAAUUCUUUUUGUACAGAUUUUUUUGAUGUAUCAUGUUUAUGUGAUUCUAUUUCUUAUAAGAAUAUGCUUAGUCAAUGUAUUUCCGAUACAAUUGCUUCUGUCAAUAUGAUACACGAUUAUCAUCAAAUUCUUUGUAAAAAUCCUCUAUCUCUCUCGGGCUGCAGUACUAUUUCUGUGAAAGAAUUCAUUGAACCAGUAAAAUGUGAAUCUAUGUUUAAAGAUAUUGUUCCUGAAGGCGAUAUACAGGAUUGUUUAAAGAGGAAAGCUUUUGCUUCGAGAUGUGGUAAUGAUUUUGAUGUUCCAUGUAUUUGUGAUUCCUUUAUCUUCGUAUCAACUGCUUAUACAUGUUUUCCGUCUUUUUUUGAUCAAGAAAGUCAAAGAAUUUUUUCUGCUAUUAAAUCUUUUUGUGAAGAGCCUCGUUUUCAUAGAAAAUGUAUUGGUGAACGUUCCAAUACGUCUAUGCGUAGAAUCUGCCCUGGUUUUUAUGAAGGCUAUGGAUUUGAUGAUGCAACUAAACGUUGUAUAAUAAAGUUAUCAAGAAAAUCCUAUUGUAGUGAUUCCCUUGAUAUUGUUUGUCUUUGUGAUUCUUUAGUUUUUAUUAAUGGAUUGGUGAAAUGUUUUGCUUCAGAACCAUAUAAUGGUAUUGAUAAAAUGAUGAAUUUUUUUGAAGAACUUUGUUUUAAUCCCUAUUCGUAUUCCGGAUGCAAAAGUUUUACGGCCUUAAGUGUAUUAAAUGUUGACACAACAGCUAAAGGACUGUCUGGUGAUAAUAAGACAUCAAAGGAUGUAAUUAGUGAAAAAAAGUUGAAUGCGAUGGCUUCGGAUACACAUCAACAUUCUAUAAAUAAAUCUCAAACUAUGUUAACAGGGGGUUUGGUUGAGAAAGAAGAAUCAAAUAAAAGUUAUCAUUGUGGAUACUCAGAUAAUAAUUCUUAUAUUUAUAUUAAUGGGGGGAAUAAUUUAUUGGUAGUUAAAAUGGCGAUUUGGUUAUUUAUCAUAAUUACGAUAUGUAUGAGUAUGUUAUAAACAUGUUCUAUCUUGAUAAACAAGUCAUAAAUAGCACUUUUAAAAAUAAUUUGAUUAUUUUUAGAUUUGAGAUUUAUUAAAUUUAUUUU